ACCGAUUCUCAUUGUAGCUAACGCGGGGCAGUGCGUUGCAGGAUUAUUUGGUGCGGAAAAAUCAACUCAAACAGGAACUGGAGCUGGAACUGGCAGCUGAAUCAUCAUCAUGUGCCUACCCACGAACGUCGGUGGCCUGGCCAUACAGAGCGUUGCCACAGCCAUUGGCAACCUGCUUUGCUUCAAUUUCGGGCUCAUGUUUGGCAUUACACCGGCUCACAUGUCCCUCUACGAGUCGGAGACCAAAACACCGCUAAACAAGGCCACGGAUCCAUCAGGCACGGCCUGGCUGACGGGAUAUCUCUUCCUGAGUGCGGCAAUCGGAGCUUUAAUUUCUGGCGUUUUGGCGCUGCGCAUCGGACCCAAGUCCGUGCUGCUCUGGGCCGGACUGCUGCAAAUUUUCGGUUGGUUUUGCAUCCACUUUGGCUUCGACAUUGUGCACAUUUAUGCCUCACGCAUGUUUUCCGGCGUGGCAGCUGGCGCCGCUUUCGUCGUGCUGCCCAUCUUCAUUAACGAAAUCUCCGAGACGCGCGAGAAGGCCGCACGGCUCACCUUCACCAUCGAACUGUGGCGCACCACGGGCAUCCUGCUGGGCUUUGUCCUUGGCUUCUAUGUGCCCUACGACCUGGUCAACAUUGUCGGCUGUGCUGUGUCCUUUGUGUUUACGAUGAGCUUCCCCUUUGUCCAGGAGAGUCCGCACUUUUAUAUGCGCAACGAGAAUGUGGCCUGUCUGGAGAAAUCCCUGCGCUGGUAUCGCGGCAUUCGCGACAUUGACGAUCGCGAGAAGCCCGAGUAUUUGCUGGAACUGGCGGAAUUCAAGGCCGAGAUGCAGUGCCUGGGCAAGAACAUUGGCACGGCGCCCAUGUCCCAGAGCUACAUUGUGCGCCUGAUCUUUGUCAGCUUUCUGCUCACCGUCUGCGCCAAGCUGAGCGGCGUCUUUGUGGAGCUGAACUAUGCCGCCGAUUUCCUGGGACGCACUGGCUACUCCAUGGAGACGAAUUACGUGGUGCUGGCUGCGGCACAAUGUGUGGGCGCGCUGCUGGCACGUGUCGUCGGUCCAGGGCUGCCGCGAAAGCUGCUGCUUUGCCUCUCCUCGCUGAUGUCUGCUGCGGCGGUCAUUGCCCUCGCUCUGUUCAAGCAGUUUGGCCGCGAUUGGCUGUUGGGCAAUGUUUGGUGUGAGCGUUAUCUGCCCAUUUUCCUGCUGGCUAUCCAACUAUUGUUUGUUAGCUUUGGUCUGUACCCACUGGCGGCGGUUGUCAGCAGCGAGGUGCUGCCCACAAAGCUGCACGAUGUGUUGUACUCGCUGGCCUCGGCCUUCUCCUGGCUGCUGCUCUUCGGCAUGAUUGAGGCGUUCAAUGCGGUCAAGACCUCAAUUGCUCCUGGCCUUGUGCUGUACUUGUGGGUUUUUGCCGGUGCCUCCAUAUUUGUGGGUUUAAUAUCGUUGCCCCUGCUGCCCGAGACGCGCAACCGGCGUGCAUCGUCCGUGCAACGUCAACUCGGCUAUGUGGAUGAUGGGGGAGUGGCCAAGGGCUCGGCCAUAGCCAAUGGCCAUCACAUUUCCACACACAUUUGAGGCAUGUGCACGUGUGCAACUGUUAGUUUAC